AUGCAGCUCCCCCCCGCAAAACGCUCCUCCAGCAACAGGGACAUCUCCCCCACCCCGUCCUCUUCCAGGUCCACAAACUCUUCCGCCCGCUCCUCGUCCCAGGCUCCCGCCGGGCCCUCCAAGGGCCAGAUCCACGUCAAACUCAUCUCCGCACGCGGCCUCAACGUUCGCUCCAUACACUCCCGUCCCUACGUCGUCGUCGUCUUCGAGCAGAACGAAUUCGUCAGCCGCGAUCCCACAGACGAAUCCGACAAGGAAGUCAAGGGCGUCGCAACCAACCUCUCUCGCGCGUCAUCCUCUGUCGCCCUCAAUGCCCUUGGCGCCAUAGGCAGCAAGGUCCUCGCCCAAGAGGCUGCCAUGCGAGCCAAGGGCUCACCCACCCCAUCUACAUCGUCCAACACAUCUGCCAAAUCGUCCCUGUCCAUCCCCCAGCCAUCAGGCAGUCAGGCAGCCAACGGUCUUCUAGGCAGCCGUGUGUCUGCGCACAACCCUGUCUGGAAACACGAGGUCUCAUUCGACGUGACGUCGGAGCAGUCGACGAUCGCCUUCAAUAUCUACGACCGCGCUCUAGACAGCCACGCCUUCUUGGGCAAUGUGCAGUUUAAGCCCGUUCUCGUUCAUGAUCACACCGUGGACCAGUGGUACAAGCUCAAGUCACUGGAGAAUGAGGCGGUUACCGGCGAAAUCCGUAUACAAAUCACCUUUGAGCAGAGCAAGUCCAAACACGCGCUAACUCCGAGGGAUUUCGAGUUUCUCAAGCUCAUAGGUCGCGGGACUUUCGGGCGGGUCUUCCAGGUCCGGAAAAGGGAUACGAAGCGCAUAUACGCGAUGAAAGUUUUGUCGAAGAAGGAGAUUAUCGCCAAGAAGGAGGUCGCACACACUAUCGGCGAGCGCAAAAUUCUCCAGCGCUCACUCGAGUCACCAUUCCUCGUGGGGCUUAAAUUUAGCUUCCAGACCGAUGCAGACUUGUAUCUGGUCACGGAUUUCAAGAGUGGAGGAGAGCUUUUCUGGCAUCUACAGAAAGAAACACGGUUUAGCGAGGAGCGCGCGCGUUUCUACAUUGCAGAGCUAGUUCUUGCUCUGGAGCAUCUACACAAGUACGACAUCGUUUACCGUGAUCUGAAACCAGAAAACAUACUUCUGGAUGCAACUGGGCACGUUGCGUUAUGCGAUUUCGGCCUGUCGAAGCCAGACCUCCGGUCAGACGAGCUUACGAACACGUUCUGCGGAACAACAGAAUAUCUUGCACCCGAGGUCCUCUUAGACGAGCACGGGUACUCGAAGCUCGUCGAUUUCUGGUCUUUAGGCGUCUUGCUUUUUGAGAUGUGCUGCGGCUGGAGUCCAUUCUACGCAGAAGACACACAGCAGAUGUACAAGAACAUUUGUUUUGGAAAGAUCCGGUUCCCCAAGGGCGUCAUCAAUGAGGACGGGAAGCAAUUCGUCAAGGGGCUUCUGAACCGCAACCCCAAGCACCGGCUAGGCGCGCAACGCGAUGCCGAAGAGCUCAAAGAGCAUCCGUUCUUCAAGCCCAUCGACUGGCAAGCCCUCGCGCGCAAGCAGGUCACGCCGCCGUUCAAGCCGGUCAUCGAGUCGGACGAGUCCACGGCCAACUUUGACCCGGAGUUCACGUCGGCUGACAUCAACGAUUUCGGCCCGAACGAGAUUCGCUUGGACGACGACGAUCCGUCUGGGGACUGGGUCUCGCAGUCUGUAAAUGGCACGCUGCAUACGCCACACGGCCCGCUAGGGAGUGAACGUGCCCCGCCUGUGCCUGCGCCUGCACACGGCAUCAGCAUUAAGGCAAAGAAGAACGGGCGCGACCCGGCUGCAAGUCCGCCGUUGACGAAUAGUGUUCAGGAGAACUUCCGCGGCUUCACGUAUUCGGGCGAGGGUGAGAGCCUGAUCGCGCAAGCCAUUGGCCGGCUCGAGGAACAGGACGAGGGCGAAGAAGCGGUCGACGACGACGACGUGCAAGAGCCAACCACAGAGGACGAAGCGGAGGACGACCAGCAUCCGGCCGGGCGGUAUGCAAGACGAAAGGGUUACAUCGUGGGCUUUGACGAGGACAUGCACAUAUGA